AUGCCGCUCCCACUCCCUGAAGAUAGGUCACCAUACGCCAAUUUCAUUCGGGGUCCGAACGAGUGUCAUGAUGACGAAGAACCUCCUUACAUACAAAUGACCAUGGUUGAUCGUAAUGGAUCUGUUCUCUGCGAAACAGAUCAGUUUGAUCUCCUUCUCGAAAUCAUAUAUCGGGAUGAUUUGUCAAACCUUGAGCAGUAUCUCGAUAUCGCACCCUGGGCUAUUGAGGAAAAUGAGGAGCUUCCUCGCUAUCACUCCUUCUUCUACACAGCUGUAUCCACCAGAAGCCUUGGUGCUCUCAAGACCCUUCUUUCAUACUACGCAAAGACUAGGGGACUGUAUCAAAGACUCAGCUUUCGAGAACGCGGAUUCACGCUUCUCAACGAAGCUGCGAGACGGGGGUAUCUUGAGAUUGUCGAAUUUUUACUCGACAACCAGCCACUGUAUGCUGAUAUUCAUGAGCGAGAUUAUGCCGGUUGCACUGCUAUCGCUGCUGCCUCGGAUCUGAAUUCAACGAGAUACGUCGAGGCGUUCAAUUGGCAACCUUCUGUCGACAAGAGCGAAGCUGUGAUGAAUCUAUUGCUCGAUUGGGGUGCCUGUCCUACAGACGUGGUCCUACGGGCUCAUCAAGAUUCAUUAUGGAAACCGGAAACGGUUCUAUCAAUGGCAUCCGAGUGGGCAGGCGCUGAGAUGAUCGAGAGGCUCAUUAGCGGUGGUGCGGAUGUUCAUGCCUGCUUCACGAAAGACUCACUUCAAUUACAAAUAUACGACGAGCAAGACUACAUCGUCCACAACGUCACCGUAAUUCAUAUGGCUGCUUUCCGCGGUAAUUUCAUUGCUCUUGAAACUCUACUCGUUCACCACGGAGACGCAGUGAGUACGCUGGAAAUGGUUUCCUCUUGUGACAGUCGAGGGGCCACGCCUCUUCAUUGGGCUACGCGGCAUAACCUAUACAACCCCAAAUUACACGAAACGGCACACAAGGUCAGAACGACUAUCGAUCUUAUCCUGAAGAAAAGCCCUACGAUGGUCAAUAUUCAAGAUGCUGAAGGGAACACGGCCUUGCACUACGCCGCUCGAUACUUUGGUGGAAAUGAAACGGACUUCACGCCAACUUUUGAAACCCUUUGCAAUGAGGGUGUAGAUGCAGGUAUACGCAAUAAGCAGGGAAAGACGCCGCUACACAAUAUGCUCGCCACCGCAGAUGGGACAAUCAACAAGGAGAUCAUAUCUCUCCUGCUUGCUCAUGGUGCAAAGAUCAACGAUAUAGAGGAUGCUGGAAACACCCUUCUACAUAUUGCAGCGCGAAGACUGGAUCAUCAUAACGUAAUACUUUUUCUUAUAGAACAGGGCGCUGAUGUUACUAUUCGCAAAUUGGGAAAUGAUACACCUAUCCAUAUAGCCGCCUCUGGCCAUGUAUGGAUCCCGGGCCUGGCGGAGAAAGUCGAGAUACAAGAUGGGGUUCUUGCAACCCUAGCAAGCGCUGGAGGGGAUGGGCUAAUGGACCUGACCAAUGCAGAGGGGAAGACACCAAGAGAAAUUUGCAGAGCGCAGAGGGACAAGUGGGGAGAAGAUGAGGAUAGGGAUCGCGUGAUAAGUAAUCGCCGUGGACGGAAUUUGGCAAUUGCCGCGUCUUGCUCAUUUAGCUAA